CAGGGCCUCGCUUUCCGGACCUGAGUCGCCCAGGGCGGAAGUAGUCUCUGAACGCCAGCUAUAGCAGCAGCCAAUAGUCAGAAAAUCGAAGACGGAUCUGAAUUGAAAAUCCAUCUGAUAGGUUCCUGUCUCAACUUUGCAGGAUCUCUGCAAAGCAUUGGUUUCAUUCAUCACAUGUUCCACUAGCUGGUGAGAGUCCCUGUGGUAAGCCCAACUCCCUGCUUUGAGACGUCCAUCCCCAGUGUGGCCACAGGAACCCAUCCAAAGGUCCAGAGAGGAUCUGGAGACUUCAGACAACAGCGUGAGUUGUCAGGUUGGCCAAAACUUAAGAGAGGAAGAGGAGAUAGCUCCUCUUCAGUGAUUCCCAAAUCUGGCUGUCAGUCAGUCAUUGAGGGGCUUUUAAAAAUACAAGUUGCAGACCAGAGGCCACACGGACAGCUGGCACCAUGUUUGGCUCUAGCCGAGGCGGUGUGCGGGGUGGGCAGGACCAGUUCAGCUGGGAGGAUGUGAAGACUGACAAGCAGCGGGAAAACUACUUGGGCAACUCGCUGAUGGCCCCAGUGGGCCGCUGGCAGAAGGGCCGUGACCUCACCUGGUACACUAAGGGCCGAGCAGAUUGCACGGGGAUGAGCCGGGAGCAAGAGCUGGCGGCCGUGAGGCAGGCAGAGCAAGAGGCACUCAUGGCGGCACUGGGCUACAAGAACGUGAAGAAGCAGCCCACCGGCCUCAGCAAGGAGGACUUUGUGGAGAUCUGCAAGCGUGAAGGAAGUGACCCUGAGGAGAAGGGAGUGGACCGGCUCCUAGGCCUGGGGAGCUCCAGUGGGUCUGCAGGCCGAGUGGCAUUGUCCCGAGAAGACAAGGAGGCAGCUAAGCUGGGACUCCCAGUGUUCACACACCACCGAGUGGAGAGCAGUCGGCCUGGGGCCUCCCCGGCCCGGAAGAAGGCCAGGCCAGAGGAGAAGGAGGAACCGGGCCCCCAGAGUCACAAGAAGAGCAGGAAAGAAAAGAAGAAGAAAAAGAAGCACAAGAAAGAGAAGAAGAGAGAAAAGGAGCACAGGACCAGGGCAGCCUCCUCGCCAUCCCCAGCUCCAUCCGGGGCCCACCAUCGCAGGCACGACUCGGACUCCUCACCCUGCUGCAAGAGGAGGCGAGGGCAUGACAGUGACUGAGGCCCAGCCCACCGGGACCCUGCCUACCCCACGCAGGCUGGAUCCUCAGAGAAGCCUUUGAGCACAUGCCCUACCAGGCCCCUGUAAGCAAGCAGGGUGUCCAGGUAGCACCUCACCACCAGAUGGCCCCAGGCCCACCCAGGGAGGACACACCUGCCUUAGGCUGCAGGAACUGCUACUUCUAUUUUCUUUGUGUUGACUCACCUUUUGUGCUUAAAUAAACUUACUUUUAGCUGAAAAAAAAAUGCAAGUUCUGGACAACACCCUGAAGGUUACACACUGGUAACUUACUGAGCACUCACAGUGUAACAGGCCCUACUCUAGGUCCUGUCCACAAGGUAUCAACUCCUUGAACCUCACAACUCUCUGUGGUAGUUACUACUAUUUUGAGAUGAGGAAAUGGAGGCACAGUGAAGUUCUUGCCUGAGCUUUUGCAGCUAGGGAGUGGCAGAGCCAGGAUUCAGACCCAGGCUGUCUGCCUCUAAGACACACAACCUUAACUGCUAUCUCUGGGUCAGUUGAGAAUGUGACAUAGGCAGUAUACUUUCUCCCCAUCCACUUCAGAUCUUAGUAUAAAACCAUAUGCUCUAUUCUAAUGAGCUAUUAAAGAGUGUGUAUGUAUAUAAAUAUAUAAAUACGCCAAUUUUCAGGAGUUAAAGAUGGUAGAGGGCAGGGCAGUAGAUAGAACUUCAAAGGGGUAGCCCCAGGGAAGUCUGUAGAGUAGGAAAGUUGUGUCUUGAUUGUGGUGUCAGUCACAUGAGUCUACACAUGAUGAAAUGACAAUAUAUGUUGUACCAAUAUCAACUGCCUAUUUUGGUGUACUGUAUUGUUGAAUAAGAGGCACAAUGGGGAAACUGGGUGGUCGUACACUGGACUGCUCUGUAUUAUUUUUGCAACUUCCUGUGUAUCUGUAAUUUUUUUUUUUUUUUUAAACACACACCUUUGGCAAGCCCUAAGUCACUUAGAGACCUGUCUAAGAUUGGCUCAAAGAGAGGUCACGUUUGAAGACAAGCCUGCUAAGGGCAAGAAAAGCACAAUGGCUCUGGUGGAGCAGGAGGGCAGUGGUAGUGGUGGCAGUGGCGGCUUAGCAGGGUCACCACUGAGUCAAAUAUGUCACUGAAAUGGGGGCUGAAACCAUUACUUAGGUCUUCAGUGAUUCCCAAACAACUUUUGCCCAGCGUGCUAAAUAAGAACCUUUGGGGAGAGAGCUAAAUGAAUGCGCAAAAUCUCCAUCUCUCGGGUGUUUGAGACUGAGUAGGUCAAUGACAGGAUCCAGCAGUCUUGUUGAAAAAGUUCCCAGGGUGACAUGGAUUUGAAGAUCUCGUUAAGGAGCAGCUGAUAAAGCUCCAUCCCCGCUAACAGGAGGCAACCACCAGGGGGACUAUAACCUAAGCCCUUGGUUGGUAUGGCUAAGAGACGGGUAUUCAUGUCCCUAAAAACAUCCAAAGAUGCCCUUUUCUGAAUGUUAUGUGUAAACAGGGAAAUUUAACAAAGUUAUUUUUUUCUAUUGUCCCUCCUAUGUGGUUAUUUACUAAGUUUCUCAUGGCAGAUAAUUACAAAUAUUUUAGGGUUCAAAGUCCAUUUGUUAGGUAUGGUUUUGGCUACAAGUAAUAAUACUCUACCAACAGUAACCUAAACAAGGGUCUAUUUUUCUCCUGUAGUAAGAGGUCCAAAGAUAGGCAGUUGGCUGGGACUGGUUACACAGUUCAAGAGUUGGGGCUGACAUCUCUGUUCUCUUGGCCCUUUUGUUCCCCCUAAAGAUUGUAUUUUUAGAGAGACCGAAAGAGAGGGAGAGAAAAGUCAAUGUGUGGUUGCCUCUCAUGCGCCCCCUACUGGGAACUUGGCCUGCAACCCAGGCAUGUGCCCUGACUGGGAAUCAAACCAGUGACCCUUUGGUUUGCAGGCUAGCACUAGAUUCACUGAGCCACACCAGCCAGGGCACUUGACCUACCUUUCAUGGAUCCAGCCUCUUUGCAUUUAAGACUGGGUGAAGGGGAAAGGGCAGGAUCACUGGCCUACUCCUGUCUCCCUGGCUAGA